AUGGUGGCUCUGAUGGCCGGAGUACCUGAAGUGGUCAUAUGGAACCUGGUUGGCCUUGGAUCGAAGAAGGCAAAGGGAAAUCCUUGGAUCCGAUUCCUUGCCUUCUGCGUGAAAUGCCUGGGUGAUAAAUUACCGGACCGUGACAACAAGGACGGUUGGGUUGAUCGAAACCAAGACAUGGCCAACAAAUGGCACAAUAUGUCAGACGACGAGCGCAAGGUUUUUACCGAUCCAUUCUUCUUUGCCUUGGCUGGCCUACCCGAUUACUCAAAGGCAAUGGAAGAGGCAACUCAUUCUGAUGCGAAUGACGAAGAAAUCGACGGUGUCAAUGUACAAUAUUGUGAUGAAUCAACUAAAGCACCUCAAGUUUAUCAACUAUCUGAUGAAGACAAGCAAAGAUACCAGCCCCUAUUCGAUAAGCUGGUCAACAUUGACAAGCUUCAUCUAUGUCACGGAAAGCCCGAACCAACCGCAUCCGUAGCUACUCUUCAGAAGAGGUCCUUGCUUGCUGUUCAGAAGGCUCAUCAAGAUUUCGCAGUAACUUGCCAACAGAACCAUGUUUCCUAUUACCUCACAACGGCGAGCUGUGGUGGUGUGGAGGGAUGGUCACGGACCUUCUCUAACGAUACUGAUUUUGCGAAGUGGGCGCUGACCAAAGUACAUGUACCUUCAACAUUCAAGGACUAUGUACAUGGCAAGGAUGCAGCCCAAACAGUCGAAAAGAAGGCGGUCCAGCCGAGUGAUGAGCGAAAAAGUAGACUCUGCUCGCUCCUCAAUGGUUUGAUAUGUAGGACACGAUCUCCUUCCCCACUAUUCUCUUUCUAUUCCGAUACUGCUCAGCUGCUAAUUUGUACCUUCUUACUGUUUAUAGCUGCACAAGUGCCCGAAGAAGACACAUUCCCUAAAGAUUUUGACCCAGCCACCACACUCAUGAAACGAUGGAAUUUGCGAAUUGUUCAGAAACCUGGAAGUGUGCUUACAUCUGAGGCUUUGAAGACUGGUCAUCGGAAAGCUACGGAUGCGAUCAUCAGAGCUUGGACAAAAGACAUCGAAAGCAAUAAUUUUAUACUGGAAAAAAUUAAAAUUACCGAAGCCGAACAAGAAGAGACCGAACCAGAAACUCGAGAUCAAUCACAAGACAAUCGAGAUCUUUCACAAACUAACAGAGACAAUAAUUCACAAGCCAAUCAAACCAAAUCGCAAGCAGGUAAGAGAUCGAAGCCACAAGAUGGACAAUCACGCAAGAAACGGGUCAUCCGAGACACAGACUCAGAGGAAGAUGACGAAGACGACACAAGUGAAGAAGAGGAGGAUCUUCCAACUGGCUCAUGA